AAAAAGGGGAAGAAAUCGGAAAUGUCGGAACGAUUCGCCCCAAUUUGCUCGCCUUCGCGACGCUUCCUAGGCGGUUCGACAACCGAUUUAGGCUUUUAUUUUUAUUUUUCUUUUGUGUUUUUUUUUUCUGGUACUCUAGAGUGAACUCGUCUGUUUCUCCUUUUUCCCAUCCAUUCUAUCUUGUUUUUCCGAUUAAUCUGCGGAAUUUCCGGUGUAUCAUGAAAUUUUACAGCGGAAAUCUAGAAAAAGGUCGGAUUUUUCUGUGCGAUUAAGUCGAAAUUUCUGAUUUGUCAGCUUAAUAUCGUUGGCGUAAUACUGUGAGGUUUACGUCGGUCUUGAAUUUUCUUCCUUUCUGUGCCCCGAGUCUGCGACUCGUCCUGUGGUCGUCGCUCUUCCUCGUUGCUUGUCUUCUUCGUCGUACGAAUGGAUUAGCGUUCUCGAGCUUGUUCGUGUAGCUUCCUGCAGUAAAAAUUCAAACUUUUGACUGAUUUAUCUCCUGAUCUGUUCGGCGCUUGUACUGCGGAGUGAGCCCUGCCAUUCUAGGUUGCAAUCGAGUUCAAGGUUCGCUCCUUUGGUAUUUCGAAUAAGAAUCUGGGGGGGUUCUGUUGCUUGAAGUGAGGUCUGGUUUCUCCAGGUAAUGGUGUUUUAAGCUUCCUCACGGUUAGCAUGGAAGUGAGAUCAGAGCCAGGAAUUUUUCCUUCUGGUGCCGGCGUUCAGAAAAGCCAGGCGCAAGCCCCUCCGACCAUCCAAAGCAUGCGCUUGGCCUACACACAAGAUGGCACCGCAAUAUACAAGCCAAUAAGCAACACCUCUCCUUCCCCUACUCCCCUUGCUGCUGCUGCUGCUGCUCCUGCUCCUGCGCCUCACCUAGGAGGAGGUGGAGGUAGCGCAGGCAGCGUCACGGAAGGUUCAUCUCCGGCGACGCUCCAUGGCCUCAGCAUCAACAUUGGGGAGCCACUUAAGAAGAAGCGAGGACGGCCGAGGAAGUACGGACCUGAUGGCACCAUGGCCCUUGCUCUGAACCCUACCUCUGCGGCUGGUUCCAUGCCACCAGGUGGAUUCUCCUCUUCCGUUAAUUCGGAUCCUACAAAGAAGGUGAAGGGCCGGCCUCCCGGUUCCGGAAAGAAGCAACAGAUGGCUGCUCUAGGAUCAGCAGGGAUUGGGUUUACUCCUCAUGUGAUUACUGUAAAUGCUGGAGAGGACGUCUGGUCAAAAAUCAUGUCAUUUUCUCAACAUGGUCCACGUUCUGUUUGUAUCCUUUCAGCAAAUGGUGCAAUAUCAAAUGUAACACUACGGCAAGCGGCAACUUCUGGUGGAACUGUAACUUAUGAGGGCCGAUUUGAGAUAUUGUCAUUGUCAGGCUCAUUUUUGCUCUCUGACAGAGGUGGCCACCGUAGUCGGACAGGCGGACUAAGUGUUUCUUUGGCUGGUCCUGAUGGCCGCGUGCUGGGCGGAGGAGUGGCAGGAAUACUUACUGCAGCAUCACCAGUUCAGGUGGUUGUUGGGAGCUUCAUCGCCAAUGAGAAAAAGGAACCAAAGCAAACUGCCCCGUUGGAUUUACCCUCAUCUGCGCCGAUGAAGCUUACACCGAUACCCCCAAUCCGCACAUCAGGUGGAAGUAGUCCACCCUCACAUGGCACCUUGAGCGAAUCCUCCAGAGACGGAUCAGGGAGCCCGCUCAACCAGAACAUCGGAUCUCUGAAUAACAACCAACAGGAGAUGCCUACAUUUGCAUGGAAAUGACUCUCACUGUGACCACCAUGUUCCAAGUUCUUCUUCGUUUUGUUUGUGUAGGAUGUUACUUUGUUGCCCUUUCUGACGUUAUAUCGUUUGUUUUGUCAGCGUCGGAGUCAUCGUCAUCAGAGUAUUUUAACGAUGUACUAUUUAGUUAGUUAGAGAUGAACUAUUUAUGCUUGUUUCAUUGUGUUGUAAUUAAUCCUAUUUGCGAUCCAAAA